CGUUGGCUCCUGCAACCAUGGCCUGCUGUUUCUCGUCGUCCGUUGUUGCACCGUGCUCGCGAGCUCUUCUCUAGCCCGGGGCGACCGAAGGACACCUUUCCGUUCCGUCUCCCUUUUUCUUUACUUUCCUAGUGUUUUCCGUUGCGCAAAAAAGGUGGCCCGCGGGUGUUCCGGAAGGUGUGAUAAAUGUUGGACCGUGUUGCCUUGGAUGACGCGUCAGUUUUGGCCGUGUUCGCGAGUUUGAUUUAGUGGCUCGAGGCUGGAUAAAGUAGUGCCGUGGGUUGCUGUGUGUGAACAUUAAUCAAACUCCGCUUUCUUCGCGCUUUUUGCGACAAAGAAGGCUUAUCGAACAAACUUUAUCCGAGCGUUCCGAGCGACGAGCAGCAGAACAAAGAACAACCCGUCGUCUUCGUGCUUCGUGUCCUCGCUCUUGAUUCCAAAAGCAAGCCUACUUUUCUCGCUUCAGCAAAAUUCAAAAUGCAACGGUGGUGGUUCCUAGAGGAAAAUGGUGAAGGAAAGGGGUCUUCCGAAAGGCAGGAAUCGUCGGCGAAGAAAACGAAACCCCCGAAACCGGCGGGUGAUCGGCGGCACACGUUUCGCGUGCUCGUGACAUACGAUCUGCUAAAGGAUGAAACGGUGGCGAUCACGGGUAACUGCGAAGCCCUAGGCAACUGGGAUCCGGAACAGUGCGUUCAGCUGCAUCGUGAACCAGAUGAGACAAGCAAGCUGUGGACGCUGGAAACGGAUCUGCCGCGUGAUGUGGCCAUAACCUAUCGCUAUCUGAUCUGUUCCGUCGAUCCAACAACGGAGAAUGUGCAUGUGCGGCGGUUCGAGACACACAUCGUGCCACGCCAGGUGCCGGUAUUUGCGGGAGAUGAAGUUGAAAGCGAAAAUGGUCAAUCCGGUAGCAAGAAGGCCCCUUCUAAGAUCGAUACCCUCGGUGAUAUUAACGGGAACAUUAAGCUGGACAAGGGUUGGCUUACCACGGAAACGAUCGUCCAGUUCAAGUUCUUUGAUAAUCCGUUUUCCGUUAAGGAGCGCAUCAAAAAUCGGCUACUGUAUGUCAAGAUAACGACGAUGAAUUUGCGCAUUAACGCGGAAACGCAGAAUGUGUCCUCGCUGCUUGAGGAAUCGCUGUCAAGCGAUACGCGCGAAAAUGGAACGGAAGCGGCCACAACCUACUCCUUCGUCGAGGUGGCGUCAAUGCGUAGUCCGAACGCAACGUAUGAGCAGCAGUCGCAGUUCGGGUGCCCUUACCAGAAGGAUGAUUUUCUCAUCUUCAACGUCACGGUAGCGGAACCCGAGAAUGUGGCCUACCUGGUCGAUCUCUACUCGUACAGCUCGAAGGCGAAGGAAGACGAACCACCGCAUCACUUGGGCUACCAUUACAUUUUGCCCAAUUUCCUGAAGAAAUCAGAGGGCAUCCUAGAGCUACCGGUAACCUGUGCUAGCAAGCAUCGUCCGCUGGGGAUGAUGAGGAUCGAGUACCUGAAAGUGACACCCCUGCUGCCCCCGCUUUGUACCCUGGAGCGUUCUUAUAUUCGCUACUGGAACAAGCGCUGGACGGGGCUGGACGUGGGACACCGUGGUUCCGGGACGAGCUUUAAGGCUAGCGAUGGCAAUGUGAUCCGUGAGAAUACGAUCGCUUCACUGAAGAAGGCGGUACAGCAUGGGGCCGAUAUGGUGGAGUUCGAUGUGCAGCUCAGCAAGGAUCUGGUGCCGGUGAUCUACCAUGAUUUCGACAUCUACGUCUCGCUGAAGCGCAAAACGACGCUCGAAACAAACGAUAUGUUGGAGCUUCCAAUGCGUGAACUGACGCUGGAGCAGCUGCGCAACUUGAAGGUCUACCACGUGGUCGAGGGUAGAAACCGGGAGGCAAAGUUCUUCGACGAGGACCUGGAGGAACACCAACCGUUCCCGCAGCUGGCCGAUGCACUCGAGCAGAUCGAUCCGCACUGUGGCUUCAACAUCGAGAUCAAGUGGUCCCAGAAGCUGAAGGAUGGCAGGAUGGAGUCGGAAAUGACGUUCGAUUCGAACCAGUACGUCGAUUGCAUACUGCGUGUCGUGCUCGCGAAAGCCGGUACGCGACGGAUCGUGUUCUCUUGCUUCGAUGCGGACAUCUGUACGCUGCUGAGGCUCAAGCAGAACCUUUAUCCGGUCAUGUUCCUAACGCUCGGUGUGACCAGCCGCUAUCCGAGCUAUCACGAUCCUCGUUGCAACUCGAUCGAGAUGGCGGUUCGCAAUGCGUACGCAACGGAGCUGCUGGGAAUUGUGGCACACACUGAGGAUCUGUUGCGUGAUCAAACUCAGGUGAAUCUGGCCACCGAGAAAGGAUUAAUUAUUUUCUGCUGGGGUGAUGACAAUAACUGUAAGGACACGAUCAAGCAUUUAAAGAGCCUCGGCAUCCAUGCCAUCAUCUACGACAAGAUGGACAUCUAUUCCGACAAGGCCGUCAAGGAAAGUGUAUUUUUAGUUGGAGCUCGCGAGUCCCAAGCCGCGCUGCUGCAGCAGAUUGACAUCGAGAACCGUUACGAGAACAGCCAACAUGAUCUCUUGAACGACAAGGAGCUGAUGCUAGCGCCAAGUAAACCGGGCCACGCCACCUCCGGUGCUUCCAGCGUGUCGAUCGUGCCCACCAUUUGAUCACCAUAGAACCGUACACCUGAAGGUGCAUAGCCCGGCACUAAUAUGUUUGAUGUUAGAGGCAAUUCGUUUCGUUUUUUUAUUUAAAUCUAAAUUGUUUAUCAAAAAGGUUGGCGAUCGUGUUAUUUGUGUGAAUGAAAUUAUAGUUUCAAGAGUGAAUGCUGAUAUGAAUGUGGUGAGCGGCGGGCAGAGUAUAGGCAAUGUUGUUACGAAUUUAUUUACAGUCAGGAGGGUACGCAGUCCGCGUCCCUAGUUUGUAGCAGUUAAGGAGUUCUGUUGUAGGAAAUUUGAUAUUUUGGUCAUGCUGCAGAUUCCAAAGCCACAUAAAUAAUAUAUGAAGCGUUUUAUAUAGGCACAAGUGUGCCUGCACUAACACGUACCGAUUAGAGGGGCAAUCGUAUCGAUCCAAAGUUUUCAGAAGAGAUUGGAUGCUUUUGAAUACAGUGCAGUUCCUUAUAAGAGAAAGCCUACAGAUCCACUUUAACAAUAAGCCUAACACGCGUAUAGAGGCAGAAGAGAUUUAACUACGGAUGGCUUUAAUGCUACAAUUCAAAGGUUUCAUUUAUUUGUUAGGAUUUAUCUACUCUUUGUUUCGUUUUUUCUCACGUAAACUCCUUUUCCAGUAACACGCAUAACAGCCCUAAAAGAGGCUCCAGUUAAACUCAUUCUAAGUGGGGUGUAUUUCUUUUGUGUUGAUGAGAUAUAUUUUGGAAUAAAUCAAAUGCAAACGCAA